CUAAAAUAUGUCUGGAACAGAAAAUGUCGGACGAUUUUCACCAUCACACGUUUCAAUCUCGAAAACAAAAACGAGCACUUUAUCUCCUCAAAUCUCAAACCCAAUUUUCUUGUUUCUUGAAUCAUCUCUGCUCAUAAUCGAAAAUGCAGAUUUCUUCUUCUUCUUUUAUUACCAAAUUUACCAAUCUCCAUAUGGUAAGAUCGACUAGUGAUCAUCAUCAAUGGAGACAUAACUAUAACUUGAAGCAGCUUUUCAUUCCAAACCUCUCUGUUUCAAACUCUCAGCACCUUCCUUUGAACCAGAGUGUUGCGGCCAUUGUGUUCGGAGGAGGAUCAGAUUCUGAGCUUUAUCCACUUACCAAAACAAGAUCCAAAGGAGCAAUCCCUAUUGCAGCAAACUAUAGACUUAUUGAUGCAGUCAUCAGUAAUUGCAUCAACAGUGGCAUCACCAAGAUCUAUGCAAUCACUCAGUUUAAUUCCACUUCUCUCAAUUCACAUCUCUCCAAAGCUUACAGUGGAUUUGGACUCGGAAAAGACAGAUUCGUUGAAGUCAUUGCCGCUUAUCAGAGCCUAGAAGAUCAAGGAUGGUUUCAGGGAACUGCUGAUGCGAUAAGAAGAUGCUUGUGGGUAUUUGAAGAGUUUCCAGUUACAGAGUUCUUGGUUCUUCCUGGGCAUCAUCUAUACAAAAUGGAUUAUAAGAUGCUAAUCGAAGAUCAUAGAAGAAGCAGAGCGGAUAUAACCAUUGUUGGACUAAGCUCUGUUACAGACCAUGACUUUGGUUUCGGUUUCAUGGAAGUUGAUUCCACAAAUGCUGUCACUAGAUUCACUAUCAAGGGUCAACAAGAUUUAAUCUCUGUGGCGAACAGAACAGCGACAAGAAGUGAUGGAACGUCUUCUUGCUCUGUCCCAAGCGCAGGAAUUUACGUGAUCGGUCGAGAACAGAUGGUGAAGCUUCUGAGAGAAUGUUUAAUAAAAUCGAAAGACUUGGCCAGCGAAAUCAUUCCUGGUGCGAUCUCUGAAGGAAUGAAGGUGAAAGCUCAUAUGUUUGAUGGAUAUUGGGAAGAUGUGAGGAGCAUUGGAGCUUACUAUAGAGCUAACAUGGAGAGUAUUAAGAGUUACAGAUUCUACGACAGACAAUGUCCUCUGUACACAAUGCCUCGGUGUUUGCCUCCAAGCUCCAUGAGUGUAGCUGUAAUAACCAACAGUAUUAUCGGAGACGGGUGCAUUCUAGAUAAAUGUGUCAUCAGAGGAUCGGUGGUUGGAAUGAGAACAAGAAUCGCUGAUGAAGUGAUUGUAGAGGAUUCGAUCAUUGUCGGUUCUGAUAUUUAUGAGAUGGAAGAAGAUGUGAGAAGAAAAGGGAAGGAGAAGAAGAUAGAGAUUCGAAUAGGGAUCGGUGAAAAGAGUCGAAUAAGACGAGCCAUUGUUGAUAAAAAUGCCAGGAUUGGUAAAAACGUUAUGAUAAUCAACAGAGACAAUGUUGAAGAAGGAAACCGAGAAGCUCAAGGAUACGUAAUAAGAGAAGGAAUCAUUAUCAUACUUCGAAACGCAGUGAUCCCGAACGACUCCAUCCUCUGAUUUUUUUCCUAUUUUACAAAAUCCAUCAUUUUUC